AUGGGGAAGGUUGGUAAACAGACCAGCCAGAAAAGAUGCAAGAAAAAAGUUGCAGCUGCAAAAAGGAAGGCUCCAUGGAACAAGGGUCGCCGACAGACAGUGGCAGACUCGCAAAAUAUUUUUCUGCAAAAGGAAGAUCUGCCGCUGUUUUGGGCAGUGAUGCUGCUCUUCUGUGGUCCUGUCUACUUGGCAGUGGUUUGGCUCUGCAUGAUAAGUCAGAGACGCAUCUCUGAGGUCUUGCGCAUUCGGGGGAAGGACUUCUUCUUGUUUGGAGGGCCGCAAUGUGACACAGCUCAUGUUCUGUUCCAAGCAAGAAGCUGUGACAAGAUGCAUCCAGGCAUGGGAAAGCUGAGGGGCGGAGUUGCUGUAUCCAGACUUUCACGAACUGCACAGGACACCAUAACUACGUUCCUGAGUGCUGGACUGUCAACUGAGCGUUGGUCGAUCUUGGAGAGCUACCGUGCCUCGCAUCCAGAGUUGUUUGCUAAUGUGCAUACUACAGCACCUGGGAAGUUCCAGCCAAAGGGAUUGGAGGAGGAUGCUCUGUGGUUCCCGUCACCCAGAUCUUCAUCGAAAUGCCCCUGGUUAAGUCGGCAAUCUGUUUGGACUGCUAUAGACCGAUCAAGGAAAAUCAUGUUCCAGCUGACCAAGAAAAGGUGCUUCAACCCUGAGCUGGCCUUUCGAAGUAGCCACAUUACAGUGCAUGGUGCCACUAGACACACUGCGGCAGCACUGCUGCUGUGUAAAACAGACACUGGUGCCCCUGGACCGUCAGAACCCGCCAUCAUGGCUUUACAAGCUCGAACUGAUGUGAAGACCUUUCAGAAGCACUAUGUUCACAGCCAAGAAAGGGACUUGGUGGCUGCAGUGGAGCACAAUGCCAUCCCGCUUUUACCUACUCCGACCCCAACAAGAGCACCCGAGCAGGACACUGAGGCAGCUCCCAAGGAGAAGCCGAACCCAACAUCAGCACCCGAGCAGGACACCGAGCCAGCUCCCAAGGAGAAGCGGAACCCAACAGCAGCACCAAAGCAGGACACCGAGGCAGCUGCCAAGGAGAAGCCAAAGCAAUCUCGAAAUGCCUGGCGGCACAAGAAGAGACGGGAAGGGCUGCAGAAGUUCAAAGCACUUGGUGACAAAAGUCUCUGA